AUGGCCUCCGUAGCGAAGACGGGUGCAGAGGCACUUAGGAACGCCCCCUUCAGGGUGGGCAAGAAGCAGAUCUUCCUGCCAAACCACGUCAUCACAUUCGUCCGCCCGCUCCCCAAGCAGCCGCCCAACCUCGCGACCUUCAUCGUCCCCCUCGAGUUCAACAAGCUCGACCUGCGCGACUACCUCUACCAUGUCUACAACGUCGAGGUGACGGGCGUCCGCUCAUUCGUCAACCAGCGCAUGCACGAGCAGAGGCACGGCGACUUCGGCAACUGGCGCCGCCCCAAGUCGCAGAAGAUGAUGAUCGCCGAGCUGGCCAAGCCGUUCGUCUGGCCCAAGCCGCCUGCCGAGGACGCCCGCGACGGGUUCGACUACAGCACGUGGAAGAAGCAGCACAAGGCGCAGGAGGACGAAAAGAAAUUCCAUGCCGUCAGGGCCCAGGGCGAAAUCACCGUGCCGUCGCAGUAUGAGGUGACCAAGGACCGCAAGGCCAUCAAGGCACAGCAGAGCAAGCUUCUCUCGGGCGAGGAGACGUGGGCGCCCGGAAAGGUGAACGCAUUCCUCAAUUCGAAGAUCGUGCCGGAGGAGGAAGGGUGGUCCGAGGUGGAAGAGAACAUGCCUUUGGACGAGCCGGCGGAGGAGAGCAGCAACAGCAAGGGUCCGGAGUCCAAGCAAUAA